CCACACAACACAGUAGCGGGGAGCGCCUGGUCCCAAAAGCAGCAAGGAGACAAAAGGAGCAACCGGGCAAGGAACAAAAACCGAGCGUCGAAGCAUGGAGGGGCGCCCUUCACUGCUGGCCCUCGCGCCAGCAGCGGCCACGGUGGUGGUCAUGCUGUCGCUGAGCUGCUCGUGGUGCGGCGGCGGCGCGUCGGCGGCGAGGGUGGUCGCGGCGGGCGGCGGCGCCGGGCGGCACCCGGUGGUGCUCAUCCCGGGCGCGGGCGGCAACCAGCUGGAGGCGCGCCUGACGGACGAGUACAGGCCGUGCAGCCUGGCGUGCCGGGUGUGGCCGCCCGUGCGCGGCCGCGAUGGCUGGUUCCGCCUCUGGUUCGACCCCUCCGUGCUCCUCGCCCCGCUCACCAGGUGCUUCGCCGAGCGGAUGAUGCUCCGCUACGACGCCGGCGCCGACGACUUCCGCAACGCGCCCGGCGUCGAGACCCGGGUCUCCGACUUCGGCUCCACCUCCACCCUCCGCUACCUCGACCCGAACCUCAAGAUCCUGACGGGGUACAUGAACACCCUAGCGAGCACGCUGGAGAAGGCCGGCUACGAGGAGGGCCGGGACCUGUUCGGCGCGCCGUACGACUUCCGGUACGGGCUGGCCGGGCCGGGGCACCCGUCGGCGGUGGGCACCGCGUACCUGCAGCGCCUCAGGCUGCUGGUGGAGUCGGCGCGCGCGGCCAACGGCGGGAGGCCCGCGAUCCUGGUGGCGCACAGCCUGGGCGGCCUGUUCGCGCUGCAGCUGCUGGCGCGCAGCCCUGCGCCGUGGCGCGCGGCGAACGUGGCGCGCCUCGUUACGCUCUCGGCGCCGUGGGGCGGGUCGGUGCAGGAGAUGCUCACCUUCGCCUCCGGCAACACGCUGGGGGUGCCGUUCGUCGACGCGUCCCUCAUCCGUGACGAGCAGCGGACCUCCGAGAGCAACCUGUGGCUGCUGCCGGCGCCCGGCGUGUUCGGCAACACCACGCUGGUGGUGUCGCGCGCCCACGGCGACGGCGGCGGCAACCGCUCCUACUCCGCCAAGAACAUGACGCAGUUCCUCCGGGACAUCGGGUUCGAGGAGGGCGUCGAGCCGUACCGCGCGCGGAUCCGGCCGCUCGUCGAGGCCCUGCCGGAGCCCGGCGUGCCCGUGACGUGCCUCGUGGGAACCGGCGUCGACACGGUGGAGAGCCUCGUGUACGGGGAGGGCGGCUUCGACGAGCCCCCCGAGGAGGUGGUGUACGGCGACGGGGACGGGACGGUGAACCUGGCCAGCCUCGUCGGCCCGGUCAAGGCGUGGGCCGACUCGCCGGCGCAGGUCGUCGAGGUCGUGGAGCUGCCCAAGGUGUCGCACUCCGGCAUCCUCAACGACAAGAGCGCGCUCGAGCAGAUCAUCAGGAUCAUCGACUCCAUCAACCUCAACGCCACCAGCUAUCAGACGUCUUGAGAUGCUUUGCAUUGGUAGACGACUGACUCUAAAAAUUCCACUUUAAUCGCUGAGAUUUGCUAGUUUUCUGUUCACUAUUUCCGAGAUGAUUGGGAUUUGUUUCGUACUUGUAGUAGUAGUUUUUAGCUGAGACUUAGAGGGUGCAUUUUUUGUGUGCACAUCGACAAGUCAUCUUGUUAGAGGCAACAAUAACAGAGUGGAAUUUAGCUUUUUGAACGUUGCAGUUUGAAUGUUA